AUGGUUUCCAAGGAAUGUACUAGUGAAAUGCCAAAUUAUCGAUCUGUGGUGGAUCGAGUUUACAAGCGUUAUAUUUUAAAAAAUGAUGGGAAUGGUUUAUGCUAUUUGCGACAUCCAAGUGGAGUAAUAGUUGUGACAUUGUGUAAAAGUCAUGAAUUGAUACAAAAGCAAAUUACAAAAAUUGAUUGGCGGAUGAAGAAAAAUAGAGGAAUUGAUCGAAGUAAACAGAAAGUUAGUGGAAAAGGGAAAAAAGGUGGACUAGCACUACUACCAGAUACAAAGCUAUGUAUUGUGCAUUGUGAAGAUGGUACCGAAUAUAUACUACGUGCAGGUAUUAAAGCUCUUUUAAUUGAAAUCAAUGAACGACUUCUAGAAGAUCCUAAUCUAAUGCGUUCUUCUCCUGAAAAUCAAGGUUACAUAGCAAUAGUUAUACCGUACUGCAAUGAACGACGACAACUUCCACAAGCUUUUGCCGAAGAAGGCAUUGAUGAUAGUUAA